UACAUCAUUUAAUAAAAUAAAUAAUUAAAAACUGAAAAUUCAUAUCUGCGCUGGCGCGCGGAUCAGGAUCUAGUAGUCAUUUACCAAAGAAGAAGCUAGACGUGUGACGCCAUUAAUAGUAAUCUGUUAGAUAAUUAUGUCUAAGUAAUGUAUUAAGUUACGAUUAGCUCACGUUCAUUUGGGAUACAUGUAUCUUCUUUAAUAUAUAUUUCAGUUACAAGAAGACAAUCCUCAAACACACAAAACUCCAGUUGAAUCUUCAAGUAAUCAAGAAAAACUCAGCUCCUAUCAUGUGGAACGGUGAUGGAACGGUGGAGUUUAAUGGCUUCCGAGUUCUCUAUUCAGAGGUAGAGUAUGUAAGGAGAAUCUUUGAAAGACAUCCAGAAACCGCAAUGAAUCUUCGUCCAAAGAACCAGUUGGUGAAGAAUGCCUACUUGAACACUCUCCUCAAUCUCAUCGACAUUGUUUGCUUAGCUCCUCAGGAGCUCACGGAGGAAGAGCUAAGUGAUGCUGAGAACACGCUUAUGGAUUUGGUAGGGGUAGGUUUCGAGUUGGAUUGGUUGAAGAGAAAACUUGAAGAGCUUUGCGUGAAGAAGAAGAAAAUGGAAGCACGCGGUGCCCGCAUGAGGGAACUUGAUAGAAUGAUUGUGGAACAGAGACAAGUGUUGCUUGCGCUUGAAGUUGAACGGAAGAAUGAAGAGAACGAGGCUGUUUCCGACAGUGCUCGUCUUGGUUUCGAGGAUGUUGUUUGAACCAAACUCACCCAGUGAAGAAGCCUAGAUGUUUUUAGGUUUCUUCUCGCAUGCUAAGAAUAUGUGGCGUUAACUAAUAACAAGAAUGAUUGAAUAAAAAGGACCAAAUGGUCAAAGAUCUUUUGUAUUUUUACUUUUAUUUGGUAGUGCUUUAGCUCACAUCUUAUUUGGUACUCUGCACUUGUUAUC